AGUCGGAAAACAACAGCAGCAMAGAUAACGAACUCAAAUCCUCACUUUUAUCACCAAAAAVCACACCAAAACAUGUCUUCAGCUAGCAAAGAUGGAGAGUUCCAGAUGACUAAAGAGGAAUUAGACAAGUUCCACAAGGCAAUGCAAAAUGAAGAAUUUCGAAAAUUACUGGUGGAAUAUGCUGAGGAAAUAUCUAAUCCAGAGAAUAAAAAGAAAUAUGAAGAGGAGAUCACCCAGAUGGAAAAAGAGAGAGGCAUGGAUGUCAAAUUUGUAAACCCAGAGGAUGGAUUUGUAGUCAAGACUUCUAGGCAGAGUGAUGGAAUGAAGGCAUUUGUAAAUAUCUGCCAGAACCAACACAUUAACAAAGCAACAUUCCAAGAAUCUGAGAUAGAGGAAGAUGGCAAAAGAAAAAGAGGGCAACAGUGGAGCAUACCAUUCAGUUUAUCACAACCCAGGGAUGACUUAGAUAAUGCUGGCCAGAAGUGCGUAGUUUUUGAUGCUGUUUUCAACCCAGAAACAUAUAAGAAGGGACAACAGGACACUCGUUUCAAGGAUUUGGUAAUCAAAACAGCUUUGGAUGGAAUUGAGAAACAGCUAAAUGUAAAUUUAAAUAAAAAAAAUUUGAAAUUUCCAAAAUUAAAGUUCAAAGGCAUGAAGCAAGCUACUGUAAUAAGGACUAAAAGCAAUCAGCAACCUGACAAGAUGCCUGACAAUACCUUUGCCAGCAAGACAUUUCCCUAUCCAUAUACGAAUGAGCCAACACCAAAUAAAUCAAAAAAUUCCAGGAAACAUAAAAAGAAAAAAGGGAAAAAGAACAAUUAUCCAGAAUACUACAGACAAAACAGCUCUGGAAACAGCUCAGGAAAUGAGAAUUGUUCAGGAUCAGAAAAUGGAAUUAAAGAGAAUUCAACUACCAAGCAUCCCAAUGAACCAGCCUAUCAUAUUGUACAUCGUGGAGUCAUAGAGUUACAGAAUUUUACAAAUGCCAGGGAUUCUUGUACCAGUACAAGACCCAAAGAGUUGGUAGUAUCCAUUGAACUACCACUGUUGAAAUCCACUGGUUCUGUUGAGCUAGAUAUCUUUGAGAAGCAAGUCCUCCUGAACAACCAUGACCCACCUUAUCACCUUGACUUAGCUCUACCUUUCCCUGUUGAUGAGGCAAACGGUCAUGCCAAGUUUGACAAGAGUAAACGAGAACUAGUGGUCACCCUGCCUGUCAUACCACCAGUAUCACCACCCCACCCCCACAUAGGAAUAAAAGAAGUUGAAACUGAGCCCAGUAAUGAGGUAUCUGCUGACAACAAGAAAAGUGAAGCGCUGAGUGGUGAUACAGGGAUAGCACAUGAGGAACAGAUAAAUGGAGUUGUGAGAACCCUGGAAGAAUGUCAUAAAGAAGAGGAGAAAGAAAAUUGUGAAAGCAUUUGUGAGAACAAGGAAGGGCUAUCAAAUGGUAAUCUUCAUAAUUAUGAUGAUGAUGACAAUCAUGAUGAUGAUGGAAGAGAAAACAAGCAAGCUGAUUUGACAACCAGUAAUGGAGGCUUUGUUAAUGCAAAUGAUGUAAUAGAUAAUACAGAUAUGGCUUGGGACCAUGGUGAUCUUAACUUACCAACCUCUCCUAAAGAACUUGACGUUCGCUUCGACAUGCCCUCCAAUCUAUCAGAUAUGUCGUCUCCAUUCUUCUUCAAAGCUCCUCCGUACACAUUCCAUCAAGAUAUUGAUAUCAUCACGUUCAUCAUUCGUGUUCCUAAUGUAGCUAUGGAAAAUGUCUCUCUUGGAUUCAACGAAAAUAAGUGUUACAUCAACUUCCCCUCGGAGAGCACCAAACCUCACCAUCUCCCUCCGCCAGACUACGCCCUUUACAUCAAUUUUAAUGAAGGACAGAAUCUCGCCCCAGACUUGUGUCAUAUUGACGUCACUCCAGACAAUGUGGUGCUGACCUUAACCAAGGAUGAGGCUUGCAAGGGACUGUGGGAUAGCUUCAAGGCUGGACCAGGCGAAGAGCUACUUGAGGAGAAGUUCUCCAUAACGGAUAAAACCGUGGAAGUAAUGAUGCAAGAGAUUGCAGAACAGGACCCUUGGGCGAACCCAAGUGAGUUCAAGAACGACUUGAAGAUCACCUCUGCGUCAAAAGAUCACUUGACAGUUGUAAUGGAAAACAAAGUAGCUGAGACAGUGAAUGAAAACGUAGUAAAUAACAAGAACCACGUGGCUGUUAAUAACAACCAAGUCAACAGAAACAAAGAGGUAAAGUCUACCAAGGGAACUAAAAUGGAUCCGAGCUUAUUCGAGAACUUUGAAAUGGGAGAAGGAAUCUUGUCCAACAAGAUUCGACACAUGAAACUGUCAAGUCCAGACGAAGGAAUCGAUUGCGAUUUUUACAGACAUGAACGGCGAGAGAAGUAUUCAUUGGGGAUGUGUGAGAAGAUUGCUGCUUCUACUGAUCCCAAAAUGGUCCAGGAUCAUGGCCACAAGACAAAUCUGGACGAGAGAAGGAAGAGUAGAUCAGAUAGUGUGGACUCGAACUCGUCUGAUCGCUCUGACGGAGACUUGACUAUAGCGGGCGCCAAGAGUAAAAGACGAUCCUGCAUGCGUAGAAGUUCUAGUACCUCGACAGACGAUUCUUCUUUAGGUGAUGAUUUUGAUUUCAGUGGACCGUUGUCUCCAAAUGGCAACGGCUGGGGGUCGCCUGGAAAAAAGAACGUGCGCUUUAACCUCAACCCCAAUGUUCGCGUCUUCAGCAACAAGAAAGAUAAACAGAGAUGGAAGAUGGAGCAGCGAUUGAAAAAUUCAAAGUUUACGGCUAGUAAUGGCGAAGAGAAGACGAACAGCCGUAGUGAUAGGGAUGAACGGUUGAAUGCUGAGACAAUAGCAGAAGAGGCACAUCCAUUGGAAGGCGGAGUUGAGAAUGGCAACAGCUCUGACGCUACUAAUGGUUCACAAGAGGAKAAGAGCAGCAACGACCAAACUAGUGUGGACGAUGGGUGGACUUUGGUCGAAAAACCGCCAAAUGAGCCAGCUUUGGCAAAUUCUUUAAUAUUUGAGCUGGAUGAUUAGUCUGGGCUCUAAAAUCAUCUUGAUAUGAAACUGUUUAAACCUGACGCAAUGUGGUUUUUUUUCAUUCUGACAACCCAUUUUUAGAUAUUACUGCGGCGAAAAUUGAUACACUGCUCUGCAAUGCAUUCUUUAUCAGACCACAAGUUUUGCAGUGACACUUUUUGCAGUGAAAAAAUCGCGCAACAUAUUUUUUGUUGCUGCAAAUGCCUCAGCAAUGUUUACCGUAAUUUCGUCUCUGAUCUCAGCAAGGCAAUAAAAAUCUAAAAAUUUCCGUGUCAGAAAACAAAUUCGCACAAAAUUGUCGUCCUUAAAUUGAAAAAUUUCCAGACAGGCUUGUUUCUCAUGAUUCAUUAAUAGUUUUCAUCGAGUCUGUUGUAAUAUAAUUUGUUCAUAUGUAUAUAACUCAAUGGUAACGGUACUUUAAAAAGUAACCAUUUAGUUCCUCAUUAGGAAAGCGUCCAAAAUAAAUUGUAAUAAAUCGUAAGUGA